AUGGCGCGAUUGCUCUGCGGCCGAACCCUAGCCGGGGCCUCGCACCCCGUGGCCGCGCCUCUCGGCCUCCGCAGCCUCUGCAGCCGCUCCGAACGGCCGCAGCUUAUCGACGUGGAGCUCCAGGCGGAGGACUUCCCCCCGGAGAUCGAGGUCCUCGGCAUGCGCCGCCUUGAGGACGUCAUCCACGCCAUCGUAGUCCGUAGAUCCGCCCCUUAUUGGUUACCCUUCCUCCCUGGCUCCUCCUACUGGGUACCGCCCCGCAAUCGCCACCGUGGCGUCGCGGAGCUCGUCAGCAGGCUCGCCAACCCGAUGACGGCGGAGGAGAUCAUGUCGUUCACUACUGAUCGUGGCUGGCCCUCUUCAGCCUAUUUCGUUGAAGGUUGA